AUGGCCUCGUCGCCGUUCAACUUUGGGGCUGCGCCAGCAGGAGGCGCGUCCACCGGCGGCGGGUUUGCCUUCGGAGCCAGCACACCCAGCUUUGGCUUUGGCGCAAGUAGCGCCGCAGCAGGCGCAAGCACGCCGGCGUUUGGCGCGGCGCCUGCCGCGGGCUCGGCGCCGGCGUUUGGGUUUGGGGCCGGCGCGAGCGGCGGGGGCUUCAACUUUGGAAGCGCAGCAUCAGCAGCCUCCUCUGCGCCCUCCCUAUUCGGGACGCCCGCCACCGCAGCCGCCUCGUCAGCCGCCGCGUCUGCCCCUUCCCUGUUCGGCGUGGCGGCGCCCGCGACCAGCGCCGCCGCGCCCGCAUUUGGCUUCGGCGCCCCCGCCGCCGGCGCCACAGCAGCAGCCUCCGCCCCGGCGUUCGGCUUCGGCGCGCCCGCCGCUGGCGCCACAGCAGCGGCCUCCGCCCCGGCGUUUGGCUUUGGCGCCCCCGCCGCCGGGGCCGCCUCGGGCCCUGCGCCGGUGUCUUUCGGGUUCGGCGCAGCGCCUGCGGCGGCGAGCAGUGCAGCAGCCUCGGCGCCAUCAUCAACGCCUUCUUUCGGAUUCGGAGCGCAGCCCGCGUCCUCAGCGCCCGCGUUCGGCCUCAGUCCGCCGGCCUCAGCAGCGCCCCCUGCCAGCAGCAGCGCGCCGGCAGCCGCGCCGCUGAGCUUUGGCGCCGCGCCGGCGUCCUCCGCGCCGGCGGCCGCGCCGGCCGCGAGCGGCGGCUUCAGCUUUGGCGGCGCCAUGCCAGCCGCCGCGUCCGCGCCGGCGGCGUCGGCCGCGCCGCCCGCCUCCACGCCUCUGUUCGGAGCCGCGGCGUCCGCCCCGGCGUCUGCGCCAGCCGCCUCGUCUGCGCCCGCCACGUCCGGCGCACUCGCGCCGUUCUCGGCCCCUGCCGCCUCCGCCCCCGCCGCCGCCCCCGCGGCCGGCGCCGCGGCGCCGCCGCAGCCGCAGCAGCCGAGCAAGCUCAAGGGGAUGACGGUCGAUGACAUCAUCAAGGGGUGGCGGGACCAGCUCGAGUCGCAUGCGCAGGCGUUUGUCAGCCAGGCGGCGCUGCUGCAGCGGUGGGACGGCGCGGUGCUGUCAAACCGGCAGGGCCCCUGGUUUUGA